AUGGAGAAAAUACUGCUCUCCCUUCUGCUUCUUGUGAAAGGAACUGAAAUACUGGCACAGAAAGAUAUGGAUAGGAAAGUGUUCCUAUUUUACGAAGAAUCAGAUAAUUCUUAUGUGCGCCUGAUGCCUGAGAAGAAUGGUCCCUUUAAUGCAUUCACUGUUUGUCUGAGAUUCUACACUAUUUUGGCCCGGGAAUAUUCACUGUUCUCUUUUGCUACACCAUCCAAAGAUAACGAUCUGCUCGUCUUUAUUGACCCUAAUCAACGCAAGCUUUCAUUGAGUGUGGGUAACCAAGAUUUGUACUUUGAUUUAAAAGAAGAAAAUAUAAUGCAGUGGAAAAGCAUCUGCGUGAGUUGGGAAUCCUCCACUGGUGUUGUGGUGCUUUGGGUCAAUGGAACGCCAUAUCCAAGAAAGGUGUUCCAAAAAGGCUACAGUAUCAAUGCAAACCCAAUAAUUAUGAUUGGGCAAGAGCAAGAUUCAUACGGGGGUAAAUUUAGCAAUAAACAAUGCUUUGUUGGAGAGAUUUCUGAUGUACAAAUGUGGGAUAGUGCUCUGAGCAGUGAAAACAUAAAUAAUUUUCUUCGUAGUAAGCUUAUAACUGGCAAUGUGGUUAACUGGAAAUCCUUAAAAUACAAUAUUUGUGGGAAAAGCAUUCUUCUGGAAGAUGUAUGUCCGAUAUAUUACAUUCCUGGGUGUCUUCAAGGUCAUUCAUAA